AUGAGAGAGAGAGUUACAGAGCUCUUGAAAGCCACUUUCUGGUCGGAAGACUACACGACGGGAAUUGAAUUGUUGUUCGGGAAUAUACGAAAUGAUAUCGCGGAGUUGACGGAGUUUCUUCAGUUGGUCAAGAGUUUUGAUUCUAAAACAGUGUCACCAGCGAUCUUCACCUUGAAGAAGCUUAUAACUUCUGAUCAGGCGGUAGACUCCAGUCAGUCGCUCAAGACAAUUAUAAAGCGACAGCAGUCGAAGGCUUUGUCGGAAGUUCUCGAGAAACUUGAGCUUGCCAAUCACUCAAGACUCGAACUCAAUUGUCAGGUACCAAUGGAAGCAUUAUUAUUCGAAUACAAUGAGUACCUUAACGAGACGCAAGAAAUUACAAAGCGGAAUAGGCAGUGCUAUGGUAAGCACCUCACGUCUGCAAGGCAGCUGCAAAAAGAUUAUGAAACAAUGGCAGCGCGUCUACGAAAAGUCCGAAAAGAAGCGUUAAUCGAACCGAAAGCAGCAGAGAUUGAGCAGAAUACUAUUUCUCCUCAGCCUGAGGUUCAAAAUGUGCAAACUUUAUAUCCACUGGCUUUGGACAAGACUAUGCUUUUCGAGGGAGAGCAGCAAUUGGCUUUUUUUGGAGACAGACUCAAAGAAACCACUAAGACCUCGAAGAGAUUGAUAGCUAUUCCUGGUAUAGCCAACGAGUAUUUCUCCGGCACACAAUUGUUUGAGGCUCUUAAAAAACUGGAGCCGAAGUUAGAUGCUUCUCGUUUCAAUCUUGAGCGGAUCGGUCAAAAACUUUUGGAAAUUGACAUUAUGCGACCAUAUCAGAAUAUGCUCGGAUCUCAAUCCCGUUUUUCGGCAGAGGAUUAUUACACAUGGGGCACUAUUCCAGCACAAGUUGUUGCUGACAAGCCGCAACACACAAAUACUGUUUUCGGCGAAUUUAUUAAAAAAAUCAGUGGGAAAGCUACUGAAUACGAAUCAAUUACAACAAUAGAGGAUUCCGAGUCAUAUCAAGAAGAUUUCAGGCGCUGUGAGACUUCUUUUUUCCAAGAAUGUCAAAAUUUAGACUAUUGGCGAUCUGAACUUGAACUCGGCCUGCAAAAAGCCAUGCAACAUUAUUGGACGCUUAUUCACCGAAAAAUUAAGUGCGUAAACCAAGCAAAUGGCUUUUUUCUAUCUUCUUUGCAAGAAUCCUUCUCCCUUCAACCUCAAGUGGUGCCAGUGGACGAAGUUGCAGAACUACAGAGAGUGUAUCGUUCCAAUCAUAGUACUGUCGGAUUUUACGUUCCACAGCCUGGUGUUACCUUCAAGAAAUAUGAUGCCCACGGUGAAAUGGCAGGCUUUUCCUUGUUCCAUUCCGAAUUACAAAGUUUGCAGGCAGACGAAACCGGAAUCGCAGUAGUAUUGAGAACUCUGCUAAAUAGCCUGGAAAAGCACAACCCCGACGACGUUUCGCGAUCAUGGUCGAUGCCCUUAGACCUGAAAAAAAGCUCUAGACUACGACGCGAUUGUUUUGCCGAAUUUCUAGCUAAAGAAGGCGAUCAUUCAUCCACCUUAGAAACCGUGAUGAUCAAUAAGGCGCAAGAGACCAGUGAUGUAGUAGGCUUAUUGCAAAGCUGGCUUUUGGAGCUUCCCGAUAGCUUGAUUCCCAUGGCGUACUACGAGGAAGUGAAAAAAUCAGGUUUUGUGGGGCUGGACAGAUGUCCAAAGGAACACUUGCUGAAUUUGGCCGUCGUUUGUGAACAUUUUGAGUGGCUAUCAAAGUACUGUAGUGAAGCGAAAAUGAAGAGCCUGUUUGAGGUUCGGAUGGAUUUCCCGUUGUACCAUGUCUUUGCCCGCAGCAGACUUCAGAGGCCUGAAGAUAACGAGGUCAUGUCAGAUGCAGUGCGCAAAUUACUUUGCUGUGAGGGAAACUCCAGACUUUUGUUGGAAAUGGUUAACAGAGAAAGGGAACCGCCUGUUUCAAGACUAAGUGUGGAUUCUCCCUCGCAAGCGUCUUCUGCUACGUUUGUACCGAGGCCGCUCAAGGCCAUGAGCACGGGCUCAUCUGCUGCAUCUUCACGCCCUUCCAGCCAGCGUAUAAGCGGGAUUGAUCUGCUGGGCCGGGAAGGGUAG